ACAAUGGCUUGAAAUGAACCUGAACAAGAGGCAGGAUAUGAGAUCCAUGAAUGAUGGAAUAGUUGGUCAAUAUACUAAGAAAGAACAACCCUUAGAGUUUCCAAUUACCAACGUUUGGACUUCCGGAGAUAAGAACAGGAAAAAACCUCCGAACUCCCCCGCCUCUCCGGGGUUGUUCACAACCAAAAAUAUCUUCGGAUCUCCUCAAGUCUCCGUGAGUGCAACCCCGUCCGUCCGAAACCAAAAUUUAUUUACCGGGUCCCCUCUGCUACCCAGGUCUCCCAGGCUCUUUUCAAGUCAGAGAUUGCGGAGCUCGUCCCAGAGUGGAAUCGAGGGAAGAUAUACCUCGAAUAGUUCCGAUCUCUCUACCCAGCUCCAGCUACAGCAGAACACUAAGUCUAGUCGAACCAAGCAGAAUCAUCUCCAGUACGCAAACUAUGAUAAUUUCUUUGCAAGCCGAGAUCAGUUGCAACAGCUCUCUCCGCUCACUUCAUCCCUUCCUGUUCUCCCGGCUCAUGUAGAAUCUGAGACUAGGAUACAUAAUAUUUCUACAGUUUUCACUCAUGAGCAAUUUAUCCAACCAGUCUUUAAUGAAGAAUCCUUUCUCCCUGUCCGGCAGAUCUUAAACCAACCAAGAUUAAGGAUUAUUACGCAAGGACGGGCUCAGGUAUCACCGGUUAGAGCUUAUCCUUCUCAAGAUGGUCAAUAUACCUAUCCAGCUCCUGAACUAUCCUUUAACCAAACUGCCGAAGAGAAUGGUUCCUCCCCCCUACCCCUCGGUUGGUCUGUCGGGUUUACAAUGAGAGGAAGAAAAUAUUUUAUUGAUCACAAUACUAAAACUACACACUGGUCCCAUCCUCUAGAAAAAGAAGGGUUGCCUGUUGGUUGGGAGAAGAUAGAUUCCGCUGAGUUUGGAAACUACUACGUGGACCAUAUUACCAAACAGGCACAGUACGAACACCCGUACUUCCAGCAUUACCAGAUCCAGUCUCCACAAUUUACCGACAACGAGGAGAACUUGAAGCUGCCGUAUACUCAACCGUUAAACCAUUCAGUCAACCUUAAUUAUAAUCAUAAUGCUCUAGUGCCAGCCAACCCCUAUAUUCACGAGGAAAUACCAAUAUGGUUACGAGUAUAUUUUAAAGCUUGUCCAACCCUAGAUCAUAAAUUAAAAUGGGAUCUGUUCAGAUUACCAGAGUUAGAAUGUUUCGACGCAAUGUUAAACAGAUUGUUUCGAGAUGAACUGGAAGAGCUUGUCAUGAGAUAUGAAGGUAUACGCUGUGCUAUAUCUCAGGAGAUAGAAUAUAGAGCAUAUUCUGGUCAAUUAUCCCAGCUUCAAGCUGUAGAACACGGAGAUAAUGAGAACGAAGAUAAUAUAAACCUGGCUAGGUUCGGAGCACUUAGAAUUCAACCCUACUGACAUCUAGAAAGUAAUAUUCCAUGACUCCGUCCAAUUUGCUUUCAAAUCAGAUUUUAUUCUAAUAUUGUAAAAAUGCCAAGACUUGUAUUUUUCUGUUCCAUUGAACCUUCUCUAUGUUUUAUUUCUCCCUCACUCUCUUCUUUCUAUGCGGUUUUUGAUUAUUUCUCAAGGUAAAGUGUUGUGAUUUUAUUUUCUUAUCCUUGGGGAAAAGCUUGGGGAAUUUUGUUAAUUUUGAUCCUGAUCUUUUAUAGAUAUUUUAUUUAUACCUGAGGACGGUCAAUAUCCAUCAAGGAUAUAGUUCCUCAUGAUUCCUUAUGUUCUAGAUUACUUAGCUUUGAUUUGCGGGAUUAUCGACUGUAAUUAACAUUAUUUAUGACCUUUGCAUACAAUAUAUUCCUUAUCGUUCUAUGAUUUAUAAAUACUAGAAUUACUGCCUUGUAUAUACAGCUGCCAAAGAUGAAGGCAAAGGUUCAAACUGUGAUAUUCUCAACAUUAUAUAUUUCAGA